AUGUCAGCAUUGAGAUCGCAAUUGGGCAAGGGCCUUAAGGAGCUUCGCGUUCACUUUUGCCAGACCUCUCCAGCAAGCUCUGGUUUGAGAGAGUUCAUCGCUCAAAACUACACUGCCAUCAAGCAAGCCAACCCUGAACUUCCCAUUCUCGUCCGUGAAGCAACUGGUGCUGAAGCUCGUGUCUUUGCUCGCUUCGACAAGGGCAUUGAACGUAAGGCUAUCCUUCAAAACGCUUCUUCUCAGGAUGUUACCAAGGCUCUUGAGCAGCUCGUCAAGAACUAA